UUCCCGUCAUCUGUCUUCCUCGCUCGUCAUCGACGGACAACUUUGAUCGUGCCUCUCCCGUGUCCUCGAUCACCAUUCUCCCCGAUCGAUAAGCCAUCAUCCCCCGAGAUCUCCUCCUCUUCCCUCACACCUUCCAUCUCCCUCUUCCAAUUGACUCCAAUAUUGUGCAGCGGAUGAGCCUUCUCAAAGAUAUUGUCAAUUCCUUCUCCGAAUUUUUCGCCCGCGGCCCCGCCGCCUCCGAUCGAUCCCCUCCGCCGGCCCCCGACCGCAUGGAACCCUCGCCCUCCACUGCGCCGGCGGUCGUCGGCGAGCGGGUCGCCCUCAAGCUCAAGGGCUACUUCGAUCUGGCCAAAGAAGAGAUCGACAAGGCCGUCCGGGCCGAGGAGUGGGGCCUCACCGAGGAUGCGGUCGCCCACUAUAGGAACGCGCAGCGCGUGAUGCUCGAGGCCAAGGCUGCUCGAGUCCCCGAUGCCCUCGCGUCGAGGGACAAAGGUCAGGUGAAGACCUAUCAGCAAAAGAUAUCCACAUGGCAGGAGCAGGUUGCGGAAAGGCUACGAGUGCUAACCCAGAGGACAGGACUACCAACUAUGAAGACCUCCCCAAGUUAUGCUACAAGUAGACCCAUCUCAACUACAGUUCCCACUGCACAGAAAGUUACCAAAAAUUUGCCAAGUUUCAAUAGUAGUCAUCAGAUGAUUGGUAAUAAAAAAAAUAGCAUCAGCAACUCAAGACCUGGUCAAGAAUCUAUCAAAAAUUAUGAUGAUCGGCUAGUUGAAAUGAUAAACACAGCAAUAGUGGACAGAAGCCCUGCUGUUAAGUGGGAUGAUGUUGCUGGUCUUGAUAAGGCCAAGCAAACUCUCAUGGAAAUGGUAAUUCUACCAACUAAAAGAAGAGACUUAUUCACCGGCCUUCGAAAGCCAGCUAGAGGUUUGCUUCUCUUUGGUCCUCCUGGUAAUGGGAAAACAAUGCUUGCCAAAGCUGUUGCAUCAGAAUCAGAGGCAACGUUUUUCAAUGUUUCUGCUUCAUCUUUAACUUCAAAAUGGGUGGGAGAAGCUGAGAAGCUUGUGCGGACUCUUUUCGAGGUUGCUGUUGCUAGGCAGCCAUCUGUAAUCUUCAUGGAUGAGAUAGAUAGUGUAUUGUCUGCUAGGGUAGCUAAUGAGAACGAUGCUAGUAGAAGGCUAAAGUCAGAGUUCCUCGUCCAAUUUGAUGGAGUGACUUCUAAGCAGAAUGACUUUGUAAUCGUCAUUGGUGCAACUAAUAAGCCACAGGAGUUAGAUGAUGCUGUUCUGCGCAGACUGGUAAAGAGAAUAUAUAUCCCACUACCAGACGAAAAUGUGAGGAAGCUCCUCCUUAGAAAUCAGCUGAAAGGUCGAGCAUAUUCAUUACCUAGUGGUGAUCUGGAAAGACUCGCUAAUAUUACUGAUGGAUAUUCUGGAAGUGAUUUGCAAGCCCUGUGUGAAGAAGCUGCGAUGAUGCCAAUCAGAGAAUUGGGUCCACAGCAUAUUCUUACUAUAAAAGCAAGUCAGGUGAGACCACUAAGAUAUGAAGAUUUUCAGAAAGCAAUGGUGGUUAUCAGACCAAGCUUACGGAAGAGCAAGUGGGAGGAGCUCGAGCGGUGGAAUGAAGAAUUCGGUUCAAGUUGAGUUACACAGCCAGAUUGGGCAGAAAUUAUAUCCAACUGAACGGUAAACUUUCCUGUCAUAUAGAUACACCAGAAAGAGUAAAAUUGUAUGCCUUAGUUAACCAGAAUUUAUACUGUCACAAAGUUUCGUAUGGUCCCAACUUUUUAAAGUCAAACUUGUAUAUGUACAGUUUAUUCCAUGGUUGCUUGCAUCCAUGUGACUGCACAAAGUUGUAAAUAUGUUUUUUUUCAUUGAACAUUGAGCAUGUUUUUUUAUGUGCAAA